UACCAUAUUCCUGGCCCCAGCCGUACCCUUGUUCUGACCCUGACCUUACCCUGGCCCUCUCCUGGCCCUUCCUUGGUCCUGCCCUGCCCUUCCAUGCCCUGGCCUUGCCCUCACCCUGCAUUGGCCCUGCACUGGUCCUGCCCCACCCUAGCACUGCCUUGGCCCCGGCCCUGCCUUCUCCCCGGCCUUGCCCUUGCCCUGCCCUGGCCUGACCCCAGGCCUACCAAGUCCAUGAAAUGGCCCUGGACCUGCCUUGCCAUCGUCUGUCCUGGCCCUCUAUUGUCCCCACCAUGCUCUGGUCCAGCGCUUGCCCUGGCUCUGUUGCUAGUCCUGCCACUGCUAUGGCCCUGCCCUGUUUUUGGCCAUGCCCUGUGCUACCCUAGCCCCGCUCUGCCUUGGGCUUGGCCCUACCAUGGCCUUCUCCUACCCUGGCCUGGCCCUACCCUGGCCUUUUCUACCCUGGCCUUGCCCUUCCCUGGUCUUGCCCUGCCCUGGCCUUGCCCUGCCCUGGCCUUGGCUUUGCCUUGUCCUGGUCCUGCUUCUGCUCUGGCCCUGGCCUUGGUCCUGUCAUGUCCCUGGCUGUGACCCUGCCCCUGGUUUUUCUCUGGCCAUGACCCUGCCCCAGUUCUGUCGUAUCCCUGGCCCUGUCUCAGUUCUGUCCUAGCCCUGGCCUUUCACAGUACUUUAUGCUUAGUAAGGGCUCCAUAGUGUCUGUGAGUUGAAUGUUGUGUUCAUAGUAUCUGCCAAAACAGAA